CUUCUCUCCCCAACAAUGGCUAAACGACUCUGAAAACCCUUCUUGCUAGAAAACUUCAAAGGAUCUUGCUUUCUUGUCUUAAAAGAAGCUUGACGGUUUCUUAUUUUCUGGUUGUUAUACUAUUUGAGGAAGAGUUUGUGGAAGAAGAAGAAAAUGAAAAGCUUGGGUCUUUGCUUGGGGAUGGUGUUCUUGAUGCUAUGCGGUGUCGUUUCUCCGAUGAACAAUGAAGGAAAAGCGUUGAUGGAAAUGAAAGCGUCAUUCAGCAACGUGGCGAAUAUGCUUCUGGACUGGGAUGAUGUUCACAACAAUGACUUUUGUUCUUGGCGUGGUGUCUUAUGUGAUAACGUUUCCCUCUCCGUUGUCUCUCUGAAUCUGUCUAAUCUGAAUCUUGGAGGAGAGAUUUCACCAGCACUUGGAGAUCUGAGGAGUUUGCAAUCAAUAGACUUGCAAGGGAAUAAGUUGGGCGGUCAAAUCCCAGAUGAGCUUGGAAACUGUGCUUCUCUUGCUUACGUUGAUUUCUCCACUAAUUGCUUGUUUGGAGACAUACCAUUCUCCAUCUCUAAACUCAAACAGCUGGAGUUUCUGAACCUUAAGAAUAAUCAGCUCACUGGCCCAUUACCAGCAACCUUGACCCAGAUUCCAAACCUUAAGACCCUUGACCUUGCUAGAAACCAGCUAACUGGUGAGAUACCGAGGUUGCUUUACUGGAAUGAGGUUUUACAGUAUCUCGGUUUACGUGGGAAUAGGUUGACUGGGACAUUGUCGCCUGAUAUGUGCCAGCUCACCGGUUUGUGGUACUUUGAUGUGAGAGGCAACAACCUAACUGGAACCAUCCCAGAUAACAUUGGAAAUUGCACAAGCUAUGAGAUCCUGGAUGUCUCUUAUAAUCAGAUUACUGGCGUCAUACCUUACAAUAUCGGUUUCCUCCAAGUCGCUACUCUGUCACUUCAAGGAAACAGGUUGACUGGUAAAAUUCCUGAAGUCAUUGGUCUGAUGCAGGCCCUUGCUGUUUUGGAUUUGAGUGACAAUGAACUAGUUGGGCCUAUCCCACCAAUACUUGGCAAUCUCUCGUUUACCGGAAAAUUGUAUCUCCAUAGCAACAAGCUCACAGGACCAAUCCCACCUGAGCUUGGCAAUAUGUCACGACUCAGCUAUUUGCAACUAAAUGAUAAUGAACUAGUUGGAACCAUACCUCCUGAGCUUGGGAAGCUGGAACAAUUGUUCGAACUGAAUCUUGCAAACAACCGUCUUGAAGGGCCGAUUCCAUCUAACAUUAGCUCUUGUGCGGCCUUGAACCAAUUCAAUGUGCAUGGGAACUUACUAAAUGGCUCAAUACCUCUUGGAUUCCGGAAUCUUGGAAGCUUGACUUCUUUAAAUCUCUCCUCAAACAGCUUCAAGGGAAAAAUACCUGCUGAGCUUGGGCAUAUUAUCAAUCUUGAUACCUUAGAUUUAUCUGGCAACAGUUUCUCAGGACCAAUACCAUUAACACUUGGUGAUCUUGAGCAUCUUCUCAUCUUAAACUUAAGCAGAAAUUAUCUCAAUGGACCAUUGCCUGCAGAGUUUGGGAAUCUCCGGAGCCUUCAGAUCAUCGAUGUGUCAUUCAACUUUCUCGCCGGUGUUAUUCCAACUGAGAUAGGCCUUUUACAGAAUAUUAACUCCCUAAUACUGAACAACAACAAGAUUCAUGGGAAGAUUCCAGACCAGCUAACAAAUUGCUUCAGUCUUGUCAACCUGAACAUCUCUUUCAACAAUCUAUCUGGAAUAAUCCCACCUAUGAAAAACUUCUCACAUUUUGCUCCAGCCAGCUUCUUUGGAAAUCCAUUUCUCUGCGGGGACUGGGUUGGAUCCAUAUGUGGCCCUUCUUUGCCCAAAUCACAAGUAUUCACCAGGACUUCCGUGAUAUGUAUCGUUCUCGGUUUCAUUACUCUCAUAUGCAUGGUAGUCAUUGCGGUUUACAAGUCAAAGCAGCAUAAACAAGUCUUGCAAGGCUCUCCAAAGCGGUCUGAAGGGUCAACAAAGCUGGUGAUUCUUCACAUGGACAUGGCUAUCCACACGUUUGAUGACAUCAUGAGACUCACGGAAAAUCUCAGCGAGAAAUACAUCAUCGGAUACGGCGCUUCUAGCACGGUUUACAAGUGCACAUCCUCCAAAAGUUCCCGACCUAUUGCCAUUAAGCGAAUCUACAAUCAUCACCCCCACAACGUCCGCGAGUUUGAGACAGAGCUAGAGACCAUUGGGAAUAUAAGACACAGAAACAUUGUGAGCUUGCACGGAUACGCCUUGUCUCCUCCACUUGGCAACCUCCUCUUCUAUGACUACAUGGAAAACGGAUCUCUCUGGGACCUUCUCCAUGGCCCUGGGAAGAAAGUGAAGCUUGACUGGGAAACAAGGCUGAAGAUAGCCGUUGGAGCUGCGCAAGGACUUGCGUAUCUUCACCAUGACUGCACUCCUAGGAUCAUCCAUCGGGACAUCAAAUCAUCUAACAUACUCCUUGAUGGGAACUUCGAAGCGCGUUUGUCAGAUUUUGGGAUUGCCAAGAGCAUACCAGCAACAAAAACUUAUGCUUCAACCUAUGUUCUUGGAACCAUAGGUUAUAUCGAUCCAGAGUAUGCUCGUACUUCUAGGCUGAACGAGAAGUCUGAUGUUUACAGCUUUGGUAUUGUACUUCUUGAGCUUCUUACCGGGAAGAAGGCUGUGGAUAAUGAGGCCAACUUGCAUCAAUUGAUACUGUCUAAGGCAGAUGAUAAUACAAUCAUGGAAGCGGUUGAUGCAGAGGUUUCAGUGACAUGCGUGGACUCAGGACACAUCAAGAAGACGUUUCAAUUAGCUCUCUUGUGCACUAAACGAAACCCUAUGGAGAGACCAACGAUGCAGGAGGUGGCUAGGGUUCUGCUCUCUCUUCUCCCGUCUCCACCUCCAAAGAAGCCGCCUUCUCCUGCGAAACUGGAAGAAAGGCGUGAGAGCCACUCCUCAGAUACAACAUCUCCACAGUGGUUUGUUCAGUUCCGUGAAGCUAUCUCCAAAAGCAGCUUAUAAGUUGCUUUUCUUUCUCUUUUUGCGUUUCUUGUGGUGCAAGGAAGCUCGGAGGGGCUGGUUUUUAUGUGAUUUAGUAGCCAUUUAGGGCUGUUAUGUCGUUUUGGAAAGAAAACAUUAAAGACAAGAACAUGGUAUGGUAUAGGUGAAAAAGAGUAGCUGAAGUUUAAUGUGGGUUUCUAUGGACAUCUUCACGAGUUCGUUAAAGGUCUUUGAG